AUGGCGGCGAGCGGCGGCGGCGGGGCUGAGGCGGCCGCGGAGGAGCUGCGCGAGGCGGGAGGCUCGGAAGACGAAGGCGGGGAGGGCGGAGGCGACGAGGACGCCGAGGAGACCUCGGAGGAGUCCUCGGGCGAGGAUGAGGAGAAGGAGAACGAGGCCGAGAUCCAGCGCCUGGAGGAGCAGCUGUCCAUCAAUGCAUUUGACUAUAACUGUCACCUGGACUUGAUCAAAUUGUUGCGCCAGGAAGGAGAGCUGGUAAAACUUCGAAGAGCCCGUCAGAAGAUGAGCGAACUCUUUCCUCUCACUGAAGAGAUCUGGUUAGACUGGCUGAAGGAUGAGAUCCGAAUGGCAUCAGAUAACUCAGAGCGGGAGAAAGUCUAUGAUCUCUUUGAGAGAGCUGUGAAAGACUACAUCUGUCCUGAGAUCUGGCUCGAAUACGCCCAGUACUCGAUUGGCGGCAUUGGCCAGGAGGGAGGCAUUGAGAAAGUCCGCUCAAUAUUUGAAAGGGCGCUAACCGCUGUUGGUCUUCACGUGACGAAAGGAGCUGCCGUUUGGGAGGCCUUCCGAGAGUUUGAAAAUGCCAUUUUGGAAACAGUGCAGCCGGCAGCUGGCAGCAUUCCAUCCCCUGAGCAGCAGCAGACUGUCGGUGCUCAGCUUGAAAAGAUCCACGCGCUCUUCAGGCGCCAGCUGGGGAUUCCACUGCUGGACAUGGAGGCUACUUACGCUGAAUACGAAGAAUGGUCAGAGGAGCCGAUCCCAGAAGCGGUGGUCAAGAAUUACAAGAAGGCUUUUCAGCAGUUGAAGAAAUGUAAACCCUAUGAAGAAGCUCUGCUGGUAGCCGAGACACCGAAACUGGCAGAACAUCAAGCCUACAUUGACUUUGAGAUGAAGGGUGGGGAUCCGGCUCGCAUCCAGCUGACAUAUGAGCGAGCACUGGCAGAGAACUGCCUUGUGCCAGACCUGUGGGCUCAGUACACUCAGUAUCUGGACAGACAGCUGAAGGUGAAGGGGCUGGUCCUUUCUGCACACGAGCGGGCGGUCAGGAAUUGUCCUUGGACUGUCAAGCUGUGGAAGCAGUACCUGCUGGCCAUGGAGAGGCAUGAAGUAGAGCAUCAGCUCAUUUCUGAAAAUUUUGAAAAGGCUUUAAACGCUGGCUUCAUCCAAGCUACUGACUAUGUGGAAAUCUGGCAGGCGUACCUGGACUACCUGAGAAGACGGGUGGAUUUUACUCAAGACUCCAGUAAAGAGCUGGAAGAGCUGAGGUCUGCAUUUGCCCAUGCUGUGGAAUACUUGAAGCAAGAAGUGGAAGAGCGGUUUAGCGAGAGCGGGGACCCUUCAUGUACCAUAAUGCAGACCUGGGCGAGGAUUGAGGCCCGCCUGUGUCACAACAUGCAGAAGGCACGAGAGCUCUGGGACAGCAUCAUGACGAAAGGGAACGCCAAAUAUGCCAACAUGUGGCUGGAGUACUACAGCUUGGAGCGGGCACAUGGCGAUACCCAGCACUGCAGGAAGGCCUUGCACCGGGCUGUGCAGUGCACGACGGACUACCCGGAGCACGUCUGUGAGGUGCUGCUUACGCUAGAAAGAAUUGAAGGCACCUUAGAAGACUGGGACGCCGCCGUUCAGAAAAUAGAAAACCGGCUUGCGCGAGUGAAUGAGCAGAGAGCCAAGGCUGCUGAGAAGGAGGCUGCCCUCGCUAAACAGGAAGAAGAGAGGGCUGAGCAGCGGAAGCAGACUCGGGCGGAGAAGAGAGCAUCCAAAAAGUCUAAGAAACCCAAGGCGGGAGACAAGCGCAAAGCGGACAACGACGAUGAUGAGGAAUGGGGGCAAGAGGAGGAAGCUGACCGGCCCAGCAAGAGGCAGAAGGGAGGCGGCGAUAUGCCAGAUGAGGACAAGGUGGAAGACAUGGAGACGGAAAUGGGGCUUUUUGGGCGGGACGGGUCCACGAAAGCUGACCCAAAACCAAAGGAGGAGGCGGCUUCCAAAUGGAAAGAAGCCCCCAAAAUCCUGCACGACCGCGAGAAAGAGAACGUCACUGUCUUUGUCAGCAACCUCUCCUACAGCAUGGUGGAACCAGACGUCAAGCUGCAGGAGCUCUUUGAGAGCUGUGGGGAGGUGGUGGAAGUCCGGCCCAUCUUUAACAACAAGGGGACUUUUCGGGGCUACUGCUACGUGGAGUUCAAGGAAGAGAAGUCAGCUCUGCAGGCCCUUGGCCUGGACCGCAGAAUCAUUGAAGGGAGGCCAAUGUUUGUGUCUCCUUGUGUUGACAAGAACAAGAACCCAGAUUUUAAGGUGUUCAGGUACAGCACUGCCCUGGAGAAACACAAACUCUUCAUCUCUGGCCUUCCCUUCUCCUGUACGAAGGAGGAGCUGGAAGAAGCGUGUAAGGCUCACGGGAACGUGAAGGAGAUCCGGCUGGUUACCAACCGAGCAGGAAAACCCAAGGGCCUGGCUUAUGUGGAGUUUGAGAAUGAGACGCAGGCUUCCCAGGCCGUGCUGAAGAUGGACGGCCUGACCAUUAAAGAGCACGUCAUUAAGGUGGCCAUUAGCAACCCGCCUGCUCGAAGAUUCCCUGAGAGGUCGGAGGCUGCAGGGAGAACUUCCCAGGUGCCGGGCCUACGGCAGAUCUAUGGCGCCCGGGGGAAAGGAAGGACCCAGCUGUCGAUGGUCCCUCGCGCUUUGCAGCGUCAGAGCAAUCCCACAGCCAAGGCAGCCAAUGGAAUGGCCCAGAACCCACCCGUGACUCCGCCCUUUUCUGCAGAGGAGCCCAAAAAGAUGUCUAAUGCGGACUUUGCCAGGAUGCUCCUGAACAAAUGA